UUGCUGACGAACUCAAAUUUUCUAUAAUAAAAUUUGCUGAAGAAGCCGGUUUGCAAAACACGUUGUGACGAUGCAAAGCAGUCGAAGGAAUUUUUGUGAAUAAAAAUCGUAAUGAUAAUAAUGAAGUUGCCGUUGCUGUCAUUCUAGUUAUUUCAAAUUUUGAUGUGUUUGACAAACAAAAAACAGGCAAAGAAAACACACUUAUCAACACUGUUUUCUAAUUUGUCAAACAGUAGAAAAGAGAAAAGCGAAAAACGGCUGUUGCCAAUGCCUCUUCUUUUUCGCAAAAUAAAUAACGAUAUGGCAGCAUUGUACUAGAUUUUUAAGAGCAUGAUAUCUCAAAACCCUAAUACGGUGGAUAAAUUUGGAUGCCAAAUGAAGGAAUUCUGAGGCCAUUUAUCUAUUGCUCAUGCUUCUUCUGCUUUAAAGAUCGAAAUUUUUAUGAAUAGCUAUUCGGCUUAACAUAUUAGUUAGUUAUUUUUGUUUCCCUAUGGGUUAAUCCAAUCAGCUGUCAACUUCUUGCAAAACCCAAUAUGGCAUCUUCACAUUGUUCGACAAAAAUAUUGAAGAAUUACGAUUAAAAAAAAUCACGACAUCCACGCUAAAAAGUGAAAUUUUGCCUUUUUCAAAAAUACAACAAAAGAAAAAAAGAAAAAACUUUUAAUUUUCUGACAAAAAAAACUACCAACUUUGGAUAAGUUUGUGGAAAAAGCCAAAUUUGUUUACACAAGUUUCGCCAGAUAAAAGAAACGUCAAAAAUUCAUUUUAUUGGCAGACACAUCGACAUUGGUUUUUUAUUGUUGUAAUAAAUUCACGUCAUAAUUUUUUGAAGACACGCACACGUUUGCCUAAGAGUAAAAAAAAAUUAAAACUGAAGAAUUAUCACAGAUUAGAUUUGGAAUUUGCAAUCAAGUAGUUAAUACAAUUGGAAGAAGUACACGAUGAACGCUGAGAAAAAAUACAACGACAAGGCCAUGGCCAACAACAACAAGCAGCAGGUUGAUGAUGCUGCUGCUCAAGGUGAUGGUCAGCAACAACAAGGAGAAUCGAAUAACAAUGUCACAGUUGAUGACAAUGCUUGUGUGGUUUGCUUCAAAAAUGUCGAUCUCUUUUCAGUGGGAGAGUGUGAUCAUCCAGUUUGUUAUGAAUGUUCAACACGUAUGAGAGUUUUAUGCCAACAAAACGAAUGUCCCAUAUGUCGUCAAGUGUUGUCCAAGGUAAUAUUUACCUACAAUAAAUUGUCCUAUCGAGAACUUGAAGCGAAAAAUCGUUCGGAAUACUAUAGUAAAAAGUAUAAGAUUGGUUUCUAUACCAGCGAAAUACAACAAAAAUUCUUUGAAUUACUUGAUCAUCCCUGUCCAAAAUGCAACUGUCCACCUUAUCGCACAUUUCAAGGUCUGCGUAAUCAUGUGCGCAAAGAGCAUGAUCUCUACUAUUGUGAUCUUUGUGUUGAAAAUUUGAAAAUUUUCACUUUUGAAAGACGCUGUUAUACUCAAGCUGAAUUGGGUCUGCAUCGUACAAAAGGUGAUCCCGACAAUCGUUCACAUCGUGGUCAUCCUUUGUGUGAAUAUUGUAAUAAACGUUAUUUGGAUCGUGAUGAGCUGUUUCGUCAUUUACGGCGUGAACAUUACUAUUGUCAUUUUUGCGAUGCUGAUGGCUGUAAUGAGUUCUAUCGUGAUUACAAUGCUUUGUCAGAGCAUUUCCGUCGCGAUCACUAUCUGUGUGAAGAGGGUCGUUGCGCGACCGAAGAAUUUACGGGAGCCUUUCGUACAGAGAUCGAUUAUAAAGCUCAUGUGGCUAAUGUUCAUGGUAAGGGCAUGAAUAAGCAGCAGGCAAAACAAACACGUACUUUGCAAUUGGAAAUAACGCUGGGACCGCGUGGUAGAUCAGGACAAACUGAGCAGGGUGUAGCAAAUAUGAGAACAAGAGGCAACAAUGAUGUUGAACCCGAAAUGGAAGAACCUUCAUAUUAUCAAACCCAAAAUACUAAUCAACAACGUCCCAAUAUAGAUCCUGGUAGUGAACAAGAAUUUCCCUCUUUAGCUGGCACUUCAACAGGUCCGAGUGUGUCUUUAACACGACCACCACCGCCUGCCAUACUUAAUCGCAGUCGUAUGUCCGGUUUGGCUCGUACAAAAGAAAACUUUCCGGCUUUAGGUGGCGCAGUCAGUAGUAUAGGUUCAAACAGUGGUAGCGCAAGUAGUGGUGGCGGAGGCGGCCGGGCUCCACCGCACAUAUCGAAUGUAUUAAGAAAACAACCUGCUAGCGCAACUGGUGCAAUACCACGCCAUAGCUUAUCCAGUAAUAUGCCUUCAACAAGUACAAACGGCAUGGUCAUACAUGUUUCAAAUCGACCCUCUACAUCGAAUGCAACGGCCUCUUCCAAUAAAAAAUCAAAUGCUAUGGAUUUCCCAGCUUUACCAAUGGGCAAAUCAAAAAAAUCUUUAGCAAAACAAGCCAUAUUGGAAGAGGAUAUGCCUUCAUCAGGUGUAAACUUGCCCAUGUCUUCGGUUCCUUCAAAGCAUCGUUCCUUAGUGGACGACUAUGUUUCUGUAGCAAAUCCUGCCAAUUUCCAAAAAAUCCAAAUGGUACAAAAGGAAGAGAUGGAAACAAAGGCACGCAAAGAAGCGGCCGCUAGAAAUGCUCCCAAGUUGACUAACCAAGAUUUUCCCUCUCUAGGCGGUGGUUCCUCAGCGGCCAAAUCCUCAGCCAGCAAUUCCUGGAUUAAGUCAACAAUGAGUGAUAAAAAACAAAAAGAUUUAGAAAAUCGCAAAAAUAAAAUAGCUCCUGCUCCUCUAUUGCCCAAAAACAAUAAUGCUGCUGGUGGUGCAGCGUCUGCUAAGCAAGCGAACAUUACGAAUAGUAACAAUCAAAACAAUGUGGCGAAUAAUAAACAAAAAUAUAAAAAACCCAAGGAGAAAAAGGAUAACAAUAAUAUGGAAACCAAAAACAAUGAAAAUAAAACAUCGAAAAAUAAUUUAACAAAUGGCAACAAUACACAACAAUCAUCAUCAUCAUCACCUUUACGUCCUCCACCAGGUUUUCAAAGUAACAACUCAUCAAUGAAACCACCACCGGGAUUUCAAACAACCAAUGUAACCGUUAAUUCGGUGGCCAAAUCGCCAAAUAAUUUAACAUUUACCAGUUCAUUGGGUGAGAGUUACAGCAUUUUGCCAGCUCAUUCAUAUACCGCACCAGCCGAUGCUUUAGCACGUAAUCAGAAACUAGUGGGAUUCUUUAAAGAUGCCUUAAAAACCCCCGAAGGUUUAGAAGAAUUCCGACAUAUAUCGCAAAAAUUUCGAGAGGGUGUCUAUAAGACAGAUGCCUACUAUGAACAUUGUCAAGCUGCCUUAAAGGAUAAAUUUGAUAAAGUUUUUCCUGAACUUUUGGUUUUACUACCAGAUAUAAGUAAACAACAGGCCCUAUAUUUGGUACAUCAACAGCGUUUAAAUAAUAUGUCACCCCAACAACGUAAAUCACUGCCAAAAUUGGAAGUUUGUUCAACUUGUAAACAGGUAUUGAUGCAAAAUGAUUUAGAUGCACAUCGAAAAAUGCAUGCUUUAACACAAAACUUUCCCAAACUGAAUGGUGGACAAAAAUCGACGACUACCUCUACCUAAGAAAACAAUUUGUAUUGUUAUUAACAGUUUUUAUAUAGUGUUAAAUCUACAGUGUGUGUGUGUUGUUGUAUAAUAAAUUGUUAGUUGACGAAUUGUUAGAUUUUUCAAAAUAAGUUUUUUUUGAAAUAAAAGAGCUUAAAAUUAUU